UUGGCUCCUCCUCCUCCCUCCGAAAGUGUAAGAAAGCAAAGAAAUGUCUAGGUUUUGGAAACCAGGAACAGAGAGACCACAACUCGUAGACGAUGAAGAAGGUGGAGUCAUCUUUGUGUCAUCAACUCCAUCUCAUAGUAUUGAGAAGCAAAGACAAAGAUUACCAGUAUACAAAUAUCGUACUCACAUUCUUUACCUAGUUGAGAAUCAUGCUGCUACCAUCAUUGUUGGUGAAACUGGUAGUGGUAAAACUACUCAAAUCCCUCAGUUUCUUAACGAAGCUGGUUGGGCUGAAGGUGGACGGGUUAUUGCUUGUACACAACCAAGACGAUUGUCCGUUCAGUCCGUUGCUGCGAGGGUAGCUGAAGAGAUGGGUGUAACUCUUGGAGAUGAAGUUGGAUAUACAAUUCGUUUUGAAGAUCUUACAAAGCCAGGUGUAACCAGAAUCAAAUUUCUUACUGAUGGCGUUCUACUGAGGGAAAUGAUGGAAGAUCCUCUUUUGACCAAAUAUAGUGUUAUAAUGGUGGAUGAGGCACACGAGCGCUCCCUUUCAACUGAUAUCCUAUUGGGUCUCCUUAAAAAGAUUCAAUGUCGGAGACCUGAGUUGCGUCUCAUAAUAUCAUCUGCUACAAUUGAAGCAAAGUCUAUGUCUGCUUUCUUCCGCCCCAGCAAAAGACGUGAAGAGAAAGGAGCUGACAAGCUUGGACCAACAAAAGAACCUGCCAUACUGUCUGUCGAAGGUAAAGGAUUUACAGUUCAGACUCACUAUCUCGAGGAACCUGCAUCCGAUUAUUUGCGAACUGCUGUUUCAACAAUUUUAGCUAUUCAUGAUCAGGAACCUCCAGGCGAUGUUUUGGUGUUCCUUACUGGUCAGGAUGAUAUUGAUGCAGCUGUUCAACUGCUUACAGAGGAUAACACUAGGCGAUCUUCUGGUCUACUGGUGUUACCUUUGUACUCGGGGCUUUCACGUGCGGAUCAGGAACUUAUCUUUUCCCCUACACCUAGAAGCAAGAGGAAAGUUAUAAUAUCUACUAAUAUUGCAGAAACUUCAUUGACCUUGGAGGGUGUUGUCUAUGUUGUGGAUAGUGGGUUCUCGAAACAGCGUUUCUAUAAUCCGAUUUCAGAUAUAGAAAAUUUGGUGGUCGCACCAAUAUCCAAGGCAUCUGCUAGACAAAGAGCUGGGAGAGCUGGAAGAGUACGGCCAGGGAAGUGUUACAGGCUAUAUACUGAAGAGUUCUUUAAUAAGGAAAUGUCUGCUCAUGGGAUCCCAGAAAUGCAGAGAUCAAACCUCGCUUCGUCUAUAAUUCAAUUAAAGGCCUUGGGUAUAGACAAUAUCUUAGGUUUUGAUUGGCCAGCACCUCCAGCACCAGAGGCAAUGGUUAGAGCACUUGAAAUUCUUUAUUUACUUGGGGUUAUCGAUGAUGAUGCGAAACUUACUUCACCGGUUGGAUUUCAAGUUGCUGAGAUUCCACUGGACGCUACCGUAUCGAAGAUGAUCUUAUCUGGGCACCUUUUAGGGUGUUCUGAGGAGGUUAUAACAGUAGCAGCAAUUCUCUCCAUCCAGUCUAUUUGGGUUUCUGUUAGAGGAUCACAAAAAGAGUUGGAUGAAGCUAAACUGCGAUUCGCUGCGGCAGAGGGGGAUCAUGUAACAUACCUGAACGUGUAUAAAGCAUACCUGCAAUCCGGUAAAUCUCCACAAUGGUGUCAUAAGAACUUCAUUAAUUAUCAGGCGAUGAAAAAGGUUGUUGAAACUAGGGGACAACUGACUAGAAUUGCGCAUCGGCUCGGCAUAGCCUUAAAGUCAUGCGAAAAAGAUACAGAGGUAUUCAGAAAGGCAGUUACUGCUGGUUUUUUCACCAAUGCAUGUCGUUUGGAAGGUGGAGUGUAUAAGACUGUUAGGAAUUCACAAGAAGUACAUAUCCAUCCAUCGUCGGUACUAUUCAGAGUGAAUCCGAAAUGGGUAGUCUAUCAUUCUCUUGUCUUGACUGAUCGGCACUACAUGCGCAAUGUCAUGACAAUUGAGCCUUCCUGGCUAACAGAGGCUGCACCCAAUCUUUAUCAGCAAAAAAGCUCCAAUUUUGAUGCACGUUGACCAUUUUGUUGGCGGGGCGAUGGAAUGAGCUGUUACCAUCCUGAAAAACUGUAGAUAAUACAUCUGUAUGCAAGUGCAAAGACAGAUUUGAAAUGGAAGGCAUAACUUUUGUGUGAAUUUUUUUCAUCUUACUCUUCAAUGCCUCCUAAGAAUAUCAAAAACCAAGACCAGCAUUUAUGCUCUCAAUAUUAGUUGAGAUCCUUUUGGUACCUGCUCAA